GUUGUGUCUCCAGAGGAGGGGGCCUUUCCUUUCCUGCUGAAGUGAACACAUCGGCCAUUGAGGAUAAGUUGGACAUAUCGAAGCUAAAGGCGGCUGUUAGAAAAAAGAGACACUCCCUGUUUUAAUAAAACACCUCAGCCUGCCGGAUCCCCGCUCCUUAUGUCCGCGGACAGCGACGACGUUUGAUUGUGUCGGCGGUGAUCUGCGCCAGGUGUGGGGGCCACGGAGAGAGAAAAUGUCAUCUUUUUCAUGGAGGUAAGGUUUAAAGAGAUGAUAAUUAAAUAUAUCUGAGCUGAUUCAUGACUUACAGGUAUAAACGAGUGUCUUUUAGCUGUUCUAGUUUCUACUUCAGAGCUGACCGGUAUUAGUUAUAGUUACUUUGUGUUUUUUUUAGUCAAACAGUUAAAGUAACAUUAACAGAAACACGACAUUAUUGAUCACCAAUCAAAUCACAGCUUUGUAAUUCCGUAAAACUGUUUUUAGUGAUAAAUUACUGUGUCAAGACGGGGUUCUAAGAAAUGCCAAAAUCCCUAAACUAAAGAGAGACCCUAAUCUGAAAUACCGCGAGAGUUCAGUCCUCAGCUGGAGAGAGUUAACGUCCAUAAAAUCAAGAGUUAGGGCUGGGCGAUAUGGGGAAAAGUUUAUCACAAUAUAGUUUUUCAUAUCAGUCGAUAUUGAUAGAUAAAUGAAAUCUAACAGGGAUUAUUGGUCGCUUGUCUUUUACUGCAUCUGUGAGGUCGUUUGCUGCAUUCCAGUUGUUCUUGGAAGUCGGAAUUUCCGAGCUCAGAGUCGGUAAUUCAUCUGGAACGCCCCCCUGAAGUAAGAUAUCUGAUUCGGAAAGUCCGACGAUCCUCACCAACCUCGAAUUGACGACAACAUCAUAAUUCAAGAUGGCAGCACAGUGCAUCAACAGUAAAGAGUUACAGUGAAAGAUCUCGUAAUGUUUUAUUUAUUAGCACUUCUGUUUUGUUUUUGUGAAAUUAAAUAAGUGGUAUAUGUUUUACUGCCCAAUGUCGAACUGUGAACGCAGUGCUAUGGUGUUUGUAAAAGUAAAAAAUUGUGUCAUGGGUUUGUCUACAACUGGUAUAGCUAACAACAACUAACAAUUUAUAACAACAGCUGACAACGGGUAACUAUAGUCGUCCAUCUUGGUUUUCCGCCUUGUUAACUUGAACGCCGUCAACUUGGGUGUAACAUCAUUCCCAGCUCCGACAUCCAACUUCAUAGGUAACUGGAAAGCAGCAUUUGUGUCUCAUCGAUGUUUGUCGUAAGGCGUUGCGCUACAGAAAACAGACUGAAUGAUUAGAUAUUCCCCGACUUUGUGAGAACAUGUACUCGACAUAAUUUACAGUCCACAUUACUCUGCUUCAUGUCCGACCUCAAAAAAACCAAAAUACCUCCACACCACCGACGUUGUUGUUGUCGAUGUGGUCAUCUGUUGAGCCUUCAUGGUCAUUUCUGUCGGGGGUAGCACUCAUUUUCUUUGUUUCUCACCAACAGUGCUGUCGGCUUCACCUGUUAAAGUGCUAUGGUUGGGUGGAGCUGCUGUCUGCUACGACACAGUUGGUUGAUACUUGGUUCUAAUGCUACGUUCGAGUUACCUCAGAAGUCUGAAGUUUCAGUUACGAAGUCGGAAAAAGCAAAACCGAAGGCAGAAACAAGAUGACUACAUCUACUAGAGUUAUUUUAGCACUUGCCUGGUCCAAAUAUAAGCCAAGCGCUAAAAUAACUUUCGUAGAUGUUGCCAUCUUGUUUCCACCUGUGAUUUUGCUUUUUUCCGACAAACGCUGGUGUGACGUCAUUCUCAGCUCGGACUUCCGUGGUGACUUGAAAGCAGGAUAAUUCAGCUCAUGAUUGGUUCAGCGCGGCGCAAACUCGGAGCAACUCCCCUUUUCAUUGGCUAUUCGUAUAGUCGACCAAAACAUGACAGAAUGCUGACUAUCAAAAAGCAUAUUGAUCAUGUUUUAUAUCGACAUUGAGGGGAAUUAAUUUCCAAUAUAUAUCGUUAUCGUUUUAUCGCCCAGCCCUAUACAUCAGCUUCAUUGAUGAAGAUCGUCUGUCUGGUAUCUGAAAGUAACAGUCACACAGUUUCUGUGAUGAACCGGGCCUCUAAUCUUCCUGCAGAACCAGGGAGUUCUGGUCCAUAUUGAGGCUCAUACAGGCGUUGACUCUCUCCUCAGGUACACUGAUGCUGUUAUUUCUCUCAGUAGCACAGUGUGGGUUGUCUGCAUUCCUGCAUGUAUUACUCUGUUCAAAACCCAGGUCUACAGCGGCUGACCAUGGCCACGGUAGAGUCCCACACAAAGAGGCUCUAUGUGAGUCAGGCCCCCUGGGAAAGGGAUCCAAACUGUGCCACGACAGCAAGGGUCACACCUGUAAUGGAGGCUUGGGUUUCACCGCAAGUUUGCUUUAGUCACAUGUUGUUCAGGAGGGUGGGCGGUGAUGUGGUUCUCGGGUUUCUCUCUGAAUGAUGUUUCCAAUAUUGUGAAUACACCCAGAGUGAAAACAGUCAUGCAGUCCACUGGUGUCCUGUGAAAAUAACCUCUGUGAUUCAGGAGUAUCAGGAUUAUUUAGGCCGAGGCUUGUCCUGUUUCCCAAAGCAAACUCUUUUAUCUGACUUAAAGGAGGUGUAGUCAGGAUCUGAGUUAGUUCCAGUUUUUAGGAGAAAUCUUGAAUGUAAACUCUACCCCUCCCAACCAGUUCUCCCCUCAGCUCCUCCUCUCCCCUCAAGCCCCGCCCACAAACAGACGCUCCUGCUCGCUCGUAUCGUUCCAGUUAAAUUCAGAUAUAAUGCAGAUAAAUACUUCAGAUCAUUACAAAUGGGGCCCAGUCAAGGUGAAAGUCAAAAGCAUUGGUGCUACUGUAGAUGCCAACAGACUACCAGCAAACACAAUGUUUGCAGGACUUCUACAACGAGGAUAAAGUGACAUAGUCCAGGACCCGAGGGAGGACAGUUUAGCGAUGGCGCUACAACACGCUACAGCAGGUCCGUUUGACAAGAAACACUUCUGUUACAGACACUUGUCUUACUUUGUUAAAGUGGUUUACCUGUCCAGCAGAAAGGUUACAGGGUCACCAAGAUCCCCAAGCGUCCCCCAUCGUUUAUGUUGACCCGGCUUUUUAGCUCUUGUCCGGUCUACCUCCGUUUUAAGCGCCCGUUAUUCUGUCCGAGUCACACCACGAGGGAGCAGCGUCCGCCUCACAACCAAUCAGGUCGAGGAGGUGUAGAUCGGCUUUGUUUACAACUAUUGACUGAUAUUAGAAGAUUAUUCUAUAUACACCACAAAAAAGAUACUUCUUUAACAGAAUCCUGCCUACCACACCUUUAACUUAUAGCAUGAAUACUUUCGGCAUAUACAACGUGACAAUAUGGCGUUGAACUUUGACACGAUGGCAGACACAUAAAUCUGACGGUACAUUUGAGCGUGAUCUUUGAAUUUCUGUUCACAGGGUCUGGCUUGCACUCGUCUUGCUUUUCUUUCCAUCCACUGUGGCGGCUGACGAGUCAUCCCUACUCGAAGGCUGGCGCGAUGUCUGGGUCUUUCGUUUCCUCGUCAACAUGCUGGGAUACUCGACCAUCAUCAUCCCCGGCUACCUCCUUAUUAGUUACUUCAAACGCACCAAUUAUCUCGACACAGGUUUGUGAUUAUAAGAUACUGUAACCAAAUUUGGAAUAAUAUUUGUCCUCUAAUGUGUCAUUUAUCACUUCAUUGACCUUUUGUCUUUCAGGAAGCGGGAUUUGCUUCCCUGUCAUCAAGUCCUGUGUGUUUGGGAGUGAGGCCAAAUCAGGUCUGCUGGAUGAUGUGUCAGUUGCACCCAGAAACGAGGGAAACUCAGGCUCAUCAGUCAGACAAGUCAUGAAGUUAAUCUUCUGUGCUGCCGGACUUCAGGUGGGGCUCCUCCAGGCAAACACAGUCGAUGAAACAUAAAAACACAUAAAGCUACGAGUCUUACCUCAACAACACCGUUUAAUGAUUGUGCAGCUUUAGUGUGAGCCGUCUCGUGUUUACCUAGUCACAUUGUCCUCAGUCUGGUUCAACAUCGAUAUUAAACCUGAUGUUUAUAUUCAGGGCGGUUCUGGUUUUCUCACACAAAUGCUGUCUGGAAACUUAAGAACACAAAUUAAAUGAAUAUCUCUCUGUUAUAUUUAAAUAUUUGCUUUAAGUUACAAACACACAGGGUAGAAUUUAAUGAGGAGUAACUUCACUGCAGCCAUUUAAGGUUAAAUGUUAAAGGGAUAUUCCGUUGUAAAAUUAAUUUAGGGUCAAACACACCGUAACACCGAGUUAGACCCCCCCCCUCCAGAGAUGAAUGUUGACGACCACUUGGUGUGUUUGACCCUAAAUUAAAUUUACGCCGGAAUAUCCCUUUAAUGCUGUUAGUGGACACAGGCCCUUGAAAUGGCCUGUUUCAGCAGAGUCGUUCAGUUUUAUUCUCUCAGUUGGAAAAAGCUAAAAUUUUGGAUUACUCCAUGAAAUCACUCCAUUAUCUCCAACCGAUCAAAAUCAAGACGAGGUGAAGACCUCAGAGAUAUGUGUUUUAUUGAUCAGUUCAGGUAGCACUGAGAGUAGGAGUCAUGAUUAAGAUGAGAGACGGUUUCUCUCUGACGCUCAAACAGAAAUGAACUCUGACGGCUGAAAUCUCACGUCGUUUCUCUCGUCCCUCAGGCUUCAUACCUGACAUGGGGGGUCCUCCAGGAGCGGGUAAUGACUCGUUCAUACGGAGCCCAGACUCCAGAAGAGGAGGGGGAGAAAUUUAAGGACUCUCAGUUCCUGGUCUUCAUGAACCGUAUCCUGGCUCUGACCGUGUCGGGUCUGUGGUGCAUCAUGUUCAAGCAGCCCAGCCACGGAGCGCCCAUGUACAAAUACUCUUUUGCGUCGUUCUCCAACAUCCUGAGCAGCUGGUGUCAGUACGAGGCGCUCAAGUACAUCAGCUUCCCCACUCAGGUCCUGGCCAAGGCCUCCAAAGUCAUCCCCGUCAUGCUCAUGGGGAAGAUCGUCUCCCACAAGAGCUACGAGUACUGGGAGUACUUCACCGCCGUGCUGAUCUCUGUGGGCGUCAGCAUGUUCCUGCUGUCCAGCACGCCCAGCAAACACCCGUCCACGGUCACCACCUUCAGCGGGAUCAUCAUCCUCGUUGGCUACAUCGUCUUCGACAGCUUCACCUCCAACUGGCAGGACAACCUGUUCAAGUACAAGAUGUCGUCGGUGCAGAUGAUGUUCGGGGUCAACCUCUUCUCCUGCCUCUUCACAGUCGGCUCGCUGCUGGAGCAGGGCGCCUUCUUUGACUCGCUGUCCUUCAUGACCCGCCACUCUGAGUUUGCCUUCCACGCCGUGUUGCUGUCUGUGUGCUCUGCAUGCGGCCAGCUCUUCAUCUUUUUCACCAUCAACCAGUUUGGAGCUGCAGUCUUCACCAUCAUCAUGACCCUGCGGCAGGCCAUCGCCAUCCUCCUCUCGUGUUUCCUUUACGGUCACGCCGUCACCCUGGUGGGUGGAUUCGGUGUCGCCGUGGUGUUCCUGGCACUUUUCCUGCGGGUGUACGCACGCAGUCGUAUGAAGGCGGGCCGACGGCCCGCACAGUCGAUGGGUCAGAGGGUGUAGCGCCGUGAGGCUGCAUCAAACUGGGACCUGAGGCCACGUUUUCUGUGGUGCUUCUCUGUGUGUUUGUGUCCAUCUGUUUUUUUUUAACUGUUCUUUCCUUUCGUUUGUUUUUAUUCGUAAAGGUUUAGAAAAAGGGAUUCUGCAGUUUUGACUCUCACUAAAGAAACCCCUAAGGGGUCCAUGUGACUCGUCAGGUCAGCAGUUAUAAAAGCUUUGAGUGCCUGAAAGAUUGUUUUAAUACACCGACCCCUUACCUUCAGUCAGUGUAAAGCAGACUCACUCUUCACCUCCUUCAGAGCAUUAAAGGGAUAUUCUGGUGUUAAAUUAAUUUAGGGUCAAACACCGAGUUAGACCCCGCCCCUCCAGAGAUGAAUGUUGUCGACCGCUUGCUUCUCUAGUUAUACCAACUUUAGUAACGACUGCAGGAUAGUAAUACAGAGAGACACGCGCUCAACCAAAACGCCACUCUAUAGCCACAAAUAAUGCUCAGAACAGCACCUAACUUCAUCAACAGGACAUAUAGGGUCACAGACAUAGUACUAGACACCAAACAUCUUUUUAACUUUGACUCAUUUCUUUAGCAAAGAGACUAAACACAACUCACCUACUCUCUUCCAGCAGCCGCUUGUUUGUAGUGAGACCUCAGGCCAGUCCAUUAGGGACUACAGCGGGGUGCCGCAGCUCAAGGAAGAACAUUUAUGUUUAUUACUUCAAGGAAAUGAUAAAGAAAUGAUCAUAAAUGUUCUUCCUUGAGCUGCGGCACCCCAAUGUAGUCCAUAAGGGUGCUGUUCUUAGCAUUAUUUGUGGCUAUAGAGUGGCGUUUUGGUUGGGGGCGUGGCUCUCUGUAUUACUAUCCUGCGGUCGUUACUAAAGUUGGUAUAACUAGAGAAGCAAGCGGUCGGCAACAUUCAUCUCUGGAGGCGGGGUCUAACUCUGUGUUAAUUUUACGCCGGAAUAUCCCUUUAACCAUUAAAAACACUUUCUUUCCUUCACCACCGUAUGUGGCUUCUCGUUCGGCCAGUCGAAGGGUACUGUUCUGUGUCUGUCUGUGCGUUUAAUGAAACCAUUUUUAUUUAUGACCUUUCUCGUUCAUAACUCUACCCAAAGUAUGUGACUGACUCCGUCUGAAGAGACGACACUCUUUCAUCCAUCGUGGAGCCGCUCAGUCGUGAUUACCAGACGCUUAUCUCACAGUCCUCCAUGUUGGAGCGCAGGGGCCUUUACGUGUCUUAAUGUGAGGUUAUAUCAUGUAAAACUGUGUAAACAGCCUGAACCACAUGGCGCACACUUUUUUAAUUUAGAGUUUACCAACACGCUCUAAGGCGAACGUUUCUGACAGGCUGUGUAGACGGGGAAACACGUUUGUGUACGAGAGAACAAACUUCCCCUCGGUGGGAUAAAUAAAGGUUUACCUUAUCUCUGAACACACUACUUGAUAACGGUAUGAUAAUUUUGGCCUCGUGUUACUGAAGCAGAUGCUGCUGUUUGUUCUUUUUUUUGCAGCAGGUUAUUUUAAGUCUUUAACUGUUUGAAAACGGGGCUGAAACAGUCUUGUAAAUAUCUCUCUCUCUCUCUCUCUAAGUCAUUGUUUUAUUAUUUUCAACUAACUUGUCGUCUGUUGUGUACUUUUAUAAAAGGACUGCUUUGUGUGUUUCACUGUUACAUUUGAAUGUUUGCAGGAAGACUGAAUGGAUGGAUGACGAUGAAGCUUACAGCCGUCACUGGGAUGUGAAGGGUGGGGGUGGGGGGUGCAGAACUGAAUGCAAUCAAGGGAAAUGCAAUGUUCCAGAAAUCUCCUCCUUUUUGUUAUUCUAAUAUUUCCUCUGAUAACUGGAUUAAUAAUAAAAAAUAUUAAAUUAACUGAACACUAAAAA